AUGGACCCGUUCACCACCUUCGAGGGUGCGUCCCAGUACGGCGUCGAUCAGGAUGACACGACGUCCAUGUACAGCGCUACCCCGAGCAACCUCACAGAGCAAAUCAUUGUCCCUCAGCGUACCACUGGACUAGAGCGCGGGAUCGACGAGAUCUCCCUCACUUCCCGCCCCGUGAACAACUUCGGAGAGGAGUACGACCGUGAUGAUGAGCCACCACUUGGCCACGGCGUUGAGCACGCGUGCAGUCCCCAGAGUGUGGUCAAGUGGUUCUGCAACUCAAGAGGCAAUACGAGUGCGUCGCACAUCGUCAGUCACCUCGUCAAGGCGAAGCACAAGGAAGUUGUCCUACACAAGGACAGUCCUCUUGGAGACACCAUUCUUGAAUGCUACAACUGCACGAACAAGAACGUCUUCAUGCUCGGCUUCAUUGCGGCGAAGAACGAGGCUGUCGUCGUGAUUCUGUGUCGCCACCCGUGCGCCUCCACGACGACUUCGCGCGACAUCAACUGGGAUCCGUCAGAGUGGUCCGCCAUUAUCCACGACCGCUCCUUCCUCAGCUGGCUCGUCAAGGUCCCCUCUGAGGCGGAGCAGCUGCGCGCUCGACAGAUCUCGAUGGCGCAGAUUGCCAAGCUCGAGGAGAUGUGGCGCGACAACCCCAACGCGAAGCUCGAGGAUGCUGAAGCUCAGGAUGCGUACCAAUAUCAGAACAUCCUUGGACCGCUGGUCAAGAUCGAGGCCGACUACGACAAGCGCAUGAAGGAGUCGCAGGGAGAGAGCGAUAUCAGUGUGCGCUGGGACAUGGGUCUGAAUCAGAAGCGCACUGCGUGGUUCACCAUGCCGAAACUCGAGAGCGGAGAAGUGCGCUUGGCGGUCGGUGACGAGCUGCGCCUCAAACUCGUGGGCGCCAGCAUGAAGGGGUGGGCGAACAUGGGCAACAGCUCUGACAACUUAUGGGAGGGCGUUGGCAGCGUCAUCAAAGUUCCAGACAAUGUCGAUGACUGGAUUGUUCUGGAGAUGAGACGAUCAGACAACGUGCCCACCGACUGCAGGGAAGGCUUCGCCGUUGACUUUGUCUGGAAGGCGACCAGCUUCGACCGUAUGCAGCAGGCCAUGAAGACUUUCGCUAUCGACGAAAAGAGUGUUUCGGGCUACAUUCUGCUUGGUCAUGAGGUGGACCCGCAGGUCUUGCGCACACAGAUGCCGAAGCGCUUCACUGCACCUGGCCUGCCCGAGCUCAACCACUCUCAGAUGGCUGCCGUCAAGGCUGUCCUGCAGAAGCCGCUCAGUCUGAUCCAAGGUCCGCCUGGUACCGGUAAGACUGUCACGUCGGCGUCGAUCGUGUACCACCUCUCGAAGAUGAACCCGGGACAGGUGCUUGUUUGUGCCCCGUCCAACGUCGCCGUCGACCAUCUCGCCGAGAAGAUUCACAUGACCGGUCUCAAGGUUGUGCGUCUCACUGCCAAGUCGCGUGAGGCCGUCGACUCGCCUGUCAGCUACCUGACCCUUCACGAGCAGGUCGCUAAGAACGACACUCGACGUGAACUCCAGAAGCUUAUCCAGCUCCGCAACGAGCUUGGAGAGCUGAGCCAGAGCGACGAGAGGAAGUACAAGUCGCUGGUCCGUGCUUGCGAGAAGGACAUCCUCAACGCCGCCGACGUCAUCUGCACGACCUGUGUGGGUGCUGGUGACCCCCGCCUGGCCAAGUUCAAGUUCAGGACCGUGCUUGUCGACGAGGCAACCCAGGCCGCCGAGCCCGAGGCCAUGAUCCCGCUCGUCAUGGGAUGCAAGCAGGCCGUUCUCGUCGGAGACCACCAGCAGCUUGGCCCCGUCAUCAUGAACAAGAAGGCUGCCCGUGCUGGUCUCUCGCAGUCGCUCUUCGAGCGUCUUGUCAUCCUCGGCAACCGUCCAAUCCGUCUGCAGGUGCAGUACCGUAUGCACCCGUGUCUGUCGGAGUUCCCCUCGAACAUGUUCUACGAGGGUACUCUGCAGAACGGUGUCACGGCGCCGGAGCGCCUGCGCAAGAACGUCGAUUUCCCCUGGCCCGUUGCCGACACGCCGAUGAUGUUCCACCAGAACACUGGCACUGAGGAGAUCUCGUCGAGCGGUACCUCGUUCGUGAACCGCACUGAAGCCGCCAAUGUUGAGAAGAUGGUGACCAAGUUCUUCAAGUCGGGCGUCCUUCCCUCGCAGAUCGGUGUUAUCACGCCAUACGAGGGCCAGCGUUCGUUCAUCGUCUCUUACAUGCAGCUGCACGGCGCGCUCAAGAAGGAUCUGUACAAGGAAGUCGAGGUUGCGAGCGUCGACGCGUUCCAGGGACGAGAGAAGGACUACAUUAUCCUGUCGUGUGUACGUUCGAACGAGCACCAGGGUAUCGGUUUCCUGAACGACCCUCGCCGUCUCAACGUCGCGCUCACCCGUGCCAAGUACGGUGUCGUCAUCCUCGGCAACCCGAAGGUUCUCAGCAAGCCGAGCAUGAUGCAGUUCAGCAAGCCGCGCAAGACGCUGUCGCGCGCCAUGGAGUCGUUCCGCCGUUUCGAGCCUCCCGCCAACGACUACGCCGAGAAGAACGCCCGCGGAGGCCCCGCUCCCAGCCGCUUCGACCCGGCAUACUACCGCACGCACGACGCGAUCUCCUACGUUCCUGCCGAUGCGCAGAGCGUGGUGUCGCAGGCUCUCACGCAGAGCUUCCCGCUCGCCGCUCACCCGUACCCCGGCGCCGGACCCAGCGGACGCAAGUCGACGUACACCGGCUACGCGUCGUCGGUCAUCUCGCAGCAGCCGGCCGACGGCGCGCCCGACCCACUCGGCACCGGCCACGCGCUGGCUCCCAUGUCCUCGCGCGCGUCCAGUAUUGCGUACUCCCAGUUCGACCGUCUGCCUCCCGGACCAGCGCUCGACAAGAAGCCGGCCGGCCUCGGCCAGCGCCGCCUGUCCAUCGGCUCGAUCACGCCGUCGGACGCCGUCUCCUCGUACGGAUACAAGGCAGGUGACGACGACACGCAGUCCAUUGCUCCCAGCCAGGCUGGCGUCACCGAGUUCUAA